AUGUUAAUUGGUUUUAGAGUUUAUGAAUAUGAAACAGAUACUAUUGCUUAUUUGCAACCUAUAUUAAAAGGUUUACGUUUGAGUCGUUCUCCACUACAAAUGCGAUGUAUACCAUCACAUAAUAAUAAACGUGAACAAGCUUUAGAACGUCGUUCUACAGAUCUGAUAGAACGGAUAAAAUUUUUGAUACAAAAUGUGUUUAAUGUACUAAAAGUAUUGAAUGGUAUUGAAGAUUUGAAGUUUCAUACCAUAGCAAAAGAGACGCUGACGAGAAUAAAAGAAAAUAUUCAAAUAUUAUAUAGCAAAAAUGAUGAUGAUAGUAAUAUCGAUGAUGGCUUGUUGGAUCGCCCAUGGAUAGCCCAUUCGUCAAUGGGCUAUCCAAAUAAUAUUGACCUUAAAGACUUAGCGGUUGUACGAAUAACAACAGUAUCAAAACCGCCGAAAAAAUCAAUGAAAAUAACAUUAGCUGCAGUGAAAGCAGCUGUACGUAUAUACGAUGAUAUAUUUUAUCCGCAAGCGUUGCAUUUAUUUUAUUCUGAACCAGAUAAUCACCAAAAAGAAAUUGGUAACCUUGAACAUCAACAUGCAAUAUUACAAACACCAUUUAAUACAUUUUCAUUAAGCACAUUAACUAGAAGUGGUUGUAUUUUUCAUAAUCAUAACAGAGAUAAAAUUGAUGUCUAUGGAUUAUUAGCAAAUUCAGUUGAAAAAAAUUUUUUAUCAUAUGGUCAGUAUCUCGAGACACUAAGACGUCUUCUUCCAUCGUGGAUGAUUAAAUUUACUGAUGAAGAUGACACAAAUUUGUCGAAUUAUAGUAAGACGUUAAUAAAUAAUUAUGGUAUAUCACGGGAGAAAUAUGUAAAAAACUGUGAAAUAAAUUUGGAUCACGCAGAUGGUUUCAAAUUAAGUCUAGACGGUGAAGAAAGAAUAAAAAUACAAUAUGAAUUCUUAAGAUUGUUAAAUGAAAAACUAUUUAAAAUCGAACAAUUAGACAUAAGUAUGACACCACAGAUACUUAUAACAGAUGGCUUUACAGAAAUGGAAGAAAUAGUAAAUGGUGUUGAUCAAUCAGCUGUUAGUAAAUUAAAUGAUGAGAACAAUACAAAUGGAUUAUCCAUAAAUGAUUAUACCGGAGAUAUAAAUGUACUAGUAUCGAAUUUUAUAGCAGAUCAUAUCCCAAGUACCCAAAGAAAACAAAAUAUUGAAGGCAAUACAAUAAAUUUAUUACAACACGUUCUUGAAGUAGUUGAAAAUAUGGAUGUUGCUAGCCAGUUGAAUUGUAGAAUACGUGGUGUAUUGGGUGAAAAAAUAAAAGAUAUAUGUGGAAAAGUUUUGAUGAUAGAUUCACCGUUGCUAUCGCGAACGCUAUUGAAUCGAUCUAUAAGCGGUCACGAUAUGACUGACAUAUACAAAGCAUGUGAAGUAUUAAUUAAAAUGAAAUUAUUAUCGUUAAAAACAAAUGUUUUGGCUAAUAAACAUAGUUAUCAACCUUAUUAUUUGGAAUUAUUACCAAAUACAGUAGUCUAA